CUUUGGUUCUUUAAUUUCUUUCUUGCUUUAAAAUUUUAUUUUUCCUUCAUUUGUUCUUGUCUUUGCUUCUUAAUUUCAUAUAUUUUGUGGAGGGAUACUAUGGAAAAUCCAUUGCAUUUAAAGUCAUUAAAUCACAUAUCAAUAGUUUGUAGAUCUGUUGAAAAAUCACUUGAUUUUUACCAAAAUAUUCUUGGUUUUUUACCAAUUAGGAGGCCUGGUUCUUUUAAUUUUGAUGGAGCUUGGUUGUUUAAUUAUGGAAUUGGGAUACAUCUUUUGCAAUCUGAGGAUCCAGAGAAUAUGCCCAAGAUUAGCAACAUUAAUCCCAAGGAUAAUCACAUUUCCUUUCAGUGUGAGAGCAUGUCAACAGUUGAAAAAAGACUAAAAGAGAUGGAAAUAGAGUACAUUAAGUGUAGAGUUGAAGAAGGUGGCAUCUACAUUGAUCAAAUUUUUUUCCAUGAUCCUAAUGGCACGAUGAUCGAGAUCUGCAACUGCGAUAACUUGCCGGUGAUUCCACUCUCCGGUGGCGAUACAGUUCUCCGGCCAUGCUCAACUCUCCAUUGCAGCUUGCAGCAGCAGAAAGUUCAACAAAUGGUCUAGUAAAAAGAAGUUUAAAACAAGUCGAGAAAAAGGAGCAUGCAUUUAAAAUGCAGCAUUUUAAUUUCCACUUGGUGUUCAAUAUGUUGAAACUCAUUUUGUACUUUUGUGUAUCAUAUUUAGUGAGUGCAUCACCAAGUUUAAUUUGGGAUGUCUUCUUUUUUGGUCUUGUUUUUGUUUAUUUGGAAGUGUUAGGAUUUCAAUAAUCUAUAUAUGUAAAUUGUAUAUCAUAUUAAGAUUGUGGAGUUAAAAAAACUAGACAGAAAAGAAGACGUUGUAUUUGAAGUUGAGGAUUCGCUUCUGAUGUAGUAAGUGAAAAAUUAAGCUUCAUUUUU